AUGAAUGUCUCACCAAAUGUUUUAGAAUUUACUGGUUCAUUUACCAAGCAAACUACCGAAUACUUGACUUUGUCAAACCCAACUAACCAAGCAUUGGCUUUUAAAGUUAAAACUACUGCCCCAAAAUUAUAUUGUGUCAGACCAAAUGCUAGUAUCAUUCAACCAGGUGAUUCUUUACAAAUUUCCAUCAUUUUGCAAGGAUUUUCUCAACCAUUACCAGAAGAUUACAGAUGUAAAGAUAAAUUCUUGUUGGUUUCAGUUCCAGCACCACCUCGCUCUGACCCAUCAAAAGUUGGAGAAUUAUGGUCCCAAUUGGAGGCACAAAAUAAAUCCGCCGUUGUUUCAAAGAAAUUGAAGGUCAAUUAUGUCGUUGGCCCUGAUAAGGAUGAAUCCUACAACGGCGCAGGCGCAGGUGCAGGUGCAGGUGCAGCAGGUCACCACCAACAACAACAACAACAACAACAACAACAACAAUACCAACAACAGCCACCUCAACAACAACAACAGCAACAGCCAGCUCUCUCUCACCAAGCUAGUCAAAGCUCAUAUGGAGCUGGAGCUGGAGCUGCCGGUGUUGCCGGUGGUGCUGCUGCCGGAGCUGGAGCUGCAGGCAUUAUUGGAAAUGCUCACUACCAACCACAAGCUCAAGCCAAUGGCGACGCAUCAUUCAGUCAACCACCAUCAGGUGACUUUGGUGGGGCUCAGAACAGAUCUUUCAACGAUACUUCAUCCACUAACAAUGGUUACAGCUCCGGUUUCCAACAACAGCAACAGCAACCACCAUACCAACAAUUGCAACAACAACCAAGCUACCAAUCACAACAAGGUGGUGUUGGUGGAAGUUUCAACUCUGGUUAUGGCCAGCAACAACAAAACUCUCCAUCAGUUCAGCAAGACUUGGAUACUUUGGCUAGACAAGUUCAAUCUUUAACCGCCAAAUUGGAUAGAAACGAGAGAGCCGCUUCACGUGGUGAUGAUUCUUCCUCAGCCGGUGCCAAUGCUUUAACUACAAAUGGUAUUUCAUUGCCUGUUGCGUUAAUAUUGGCCUUGCUUUCUUUCCUCGUUGGUUGGUUGGUCUUUUGA